AUCCCAAAAAAUAUUUUAUAUAUUAUUAUUAUUAAUUAUUACAACAAAUUAAAAUGCAUUGCAUGGCUGUUCGCCAUUUCGCUCCAUCGUCAUCGCUCUCUAUAUUUUCGAGUACUAAUAAUAUUAACAAUCAUUUUUUUGGUAGAGAAAUUUUUACACCAAAAACAUCUAAUAUUACAACAAAAAAAUCAAGAUCAUCAAGACCUAAUUGCAAUCCAAUCCAAUGUAGUUUGGCCAAAAGCCCUAGUAGUGAUACUAGUACAAUUGUUAGAAGAUCAGCCAACUAUGAUCCUCCCAUUUGGUCUUUUGAUUUCAUUCAGUCUCUUCCAUGCAAAUAUAAGGGAGAACCCUAUACAAGUCGAUCGAAUAAGCUAAAAGAAGAAGUGAAAAAGAUGUUAGUUGGAAUGGAAAACUCUUUAGUCCAACUUGAGUUGAUUGAUACAUUACAAAGACUUGGAAUAUCUUAUCAUUUUGAGAAUGAAAUCAUUUCUAUUUUGAAGGAAUAUUUCACUAAUAUUAGUACUAAUAAAAACCCUAAAUAUGAUUUAUAUGCCACUGCUCUCGAAUUUAGGCUUUUACGCGAAUAUGGAUAUGAAGUACCUCAAGAAAUUUUUAAUGAUUUUAAGGACGAGACGGGAAAGUUCAAAGCGAGUAUUAAAAAUGAUGAUAUUAAGGGAGUAUUGGCUUUAUAUGAAGCUUCAUUCUAUGUGAAAAAUGGCGAAAAUAUUUUGGAGGAAGCUAGGGUUUUCACAACAGAAUAUCUCAAAAGAUAUGUAAUGAUGAUUGAUCAAAACAUGAUAUUAAAUGAUAAUAUGGCAAUAUUAGUGAGACAUGCCUUGGAGAUGCCACUUCAUUGGAGGACUAUAAGAGCAGAAGCUAAGUGGUUCAUUGAAGAAUAUGAGAAAACACAAGACAAGAAUGGCACUUUGCUUGAAUUUGCGAAAUUGGAUUUCAACAUGCUUCAAUCAAUAUUUCAAGAAGAUCUAAAACAUGUCUCGAGGUGGUGGGAACAUUCUAAGCUUGGAAAAAAUAAAAUGGUUUAUGCUAGAGAUAGAUUGGUAGAGGCUUUUCUAUGGCAGGUUGGAAUAAGAUUUGAGCCACAAUUCAGCCACUUUAGGAGAAUAUCUGCAAGAAUAUAUGCUCUAAUUACAAUCAUAGAUGACAUAUAUGAUGUGUAUGGAACAUUGGAAGAAUUAGAGCUUUUCACCAAGGCUGUUGAGAGAUGGGAUGCAAAAACCAUAGACGAGUUACCAGAUUAUAUGAAGCUGCCUUUCUUUACUUUAUUUAACACCGUAAAUGAAAUGGCGUAUGAUGUGUUAGAAGAGCAUAAUUUUGUCAGCGUUGAAUACCUCAAGAACUCGUGGGCAGAGUUAUGUAGGUGCUAUUUGGAAGAGGCAAAAUGGUUCUAUAGCGGAUACAAACCAACCUUGAAAAAAUAUAUUGAGAACGCCUCGCUUUCAAUAGGAGGACAAAUUAUUUUUGUAUAUGCUUUUUUCUCUCUUACAAAGUCCAUAACAAACGAGGCCUUAGAGUCCUUGCAAGAGGGUCAUCACGCUGCAUGUCGCCAAGGAUCCUUAAUGUUACGACUUGCAGAUGAUCUUGGAACAUCAUCAGAUGAAUUGAAAAGAGGUGACAUUCCUAAAUCGGUUCAAUGUUACAUGCACGAGACUGGUGUUUCUGAAGAUGAAGCUCGUGAGCACAUCAAAUUUUUGAUAAGUGAAAUAUGGAAGGAGAUGAAUGAUGAAGAUGAAUAUAACUCUAUUUUCUCUAAAGAGUUUGUUCAAGCUUGCAAAAAUCUUGGUAGGAUGUCAUUAUUUAUGUAUCAACAUGGAGAUGGACAUGCUUCUCAAGAUAGCCAUUCAAGGAAACGUAUUUCAGAUUUAAUUAUUAAUCCUAUUCCUUUAUAAAGUUAAGUAAUAAUAAGAAAAUGAUAAUAAAAACUUUAUUGUAGUAAGAUUUUCAUGUAGUGGAAUUGAAGCUUAUUUCAAUAAUCAGUAUAAAUUUUGAGAAUAAAGAAUACCAAAACUAUUAAUAAGUUUUUCUUUUC